CUUGAACUAUCACACUUCUUGUCAAUUUACAUAUAUCCAACUUUCCUUUUACACUUAAAAAAGGGGGGAAUUGGCCAGGUUUUUCGCGUACGGAACUAGUUUGGAGCCAUCGGACAUAAACAGAAAAAUUAGGACACAAGCGGGGCGUUCUUCCUUGCCCAGUGAUCAUAAUUCAUGGAAUUGGCAGAGGUGUACAGGGUACAAUAUCAAGGCCGUGAUGAUAUCUUGCGAGGUAUAAUUGUGUGCAAGGAUAGUGAAACUGGUUACCAAUGCUUAUUCAAGGAUCAAGGCCUAGAAGAUGAAGUCAUCAACAACACACUGUUCAUGUUAAAUAAUGACGACAAUAAUCCAGACUGUGCGCAUCUUUGCCUCCAACGAAGCAGUAAGCAGACUUCACAUGUACUAAUUGAUUAUUUGGAUCAUAUAAUACCGAAUAGUCGUAUUACAUCUUCAAUUCGUGCCAAAGAUGGAUUUUUAGUCGGUUUUCAUCUGUUUGAUUCCGUGUAUGAGAAGUUGACUUUUGAAUAUCCGUAUGAUGAUCCCGACAAGUUUUCUUUCCCUCUCAGUAAAAGGUUUGUGUCAGAAGAUGGAUUUAGAUAUUUCAACAUUCUUUAUGCAAUAUUUAAGAAUGCCGUGGAAGCAUGUUUGAAGGUUACUUUAAACAAUGGUGUUAAUCCAUUUGUUCUUUCUGGAGUUAUAGCUGCUAGGACAAGCGUGAUUGAACGCACUGCUUAUUCAAGCCUCAUCUUCUAUGAAAAGUGUGGAAUUUGCAUAGAAGUGGGGAGCGGUGGUGACAUAGUCAUUCCCUUGUCGCGAGAUAUUGUAGCUGUGCCAUUGGGGCAUCAGCUAAUUCUAGAAUUCAACCUGAGUGGAAAAGAUGAUUAUGACAAAAAAGAUUUUGAUAAGAUAGUUGAACACUAUCUAGCUUUCAAUGCUAUUGAUGAUGGGAAAAGUACCAAAUCUAUUAGUGGCAGCAAAGGUGAGCUAAAAGUGGAAGUCAGUUGGAGAUCUAUCUCCUAUUGAAGCUGAAGCAUAAGUACGGGGAUGUACUAAAUUAAACCAGUACUCAUAUUAGCCUUGCCUAGACUGGUCAUAAAUGAUUUGGGUUGGACUACUGUAUUUAGUUUAAAGCACAUUUAGAUCAAGUUUCCUGUUCCAGAUCCCUUUAUUAUCAUAAGAUCUUUUUGAAAGAGUA